CGUACUUAGGCUGGAAAGACGCGAGUGCACGUCGUGACGUCCGUUGUAGAAAUAGAAAUAAACCACUAGAUCCCAACAUACGAGGCACGCCCCCACUUCUUGACGGACGUCAUAACGCAGUCAUAACGUGCGUUGAUUUUGGAUGGACGCAUUUAUGCUAGAACGCACAUCGAGCCUUUCUGACUUACGUCACAGGUUUGCGUACUCUCGAAUGGUGCCUGCCAGACGGGCGUAUAGUUUAACGUACCUCACUUGUCGUAUCCCGUUUUCCUCUUCAAUUACUGCUGUUUCAUUUUUCACGCUGCUUCAUCGUUUUGUUGUUUUUGCUGUUGUCUGCGUUUUACCAUGGAUAUUGAAACUUUGAUAAGUGCGGUACAGCAUCAUCCGCUGUUAUGGGAUACUGCAGGGGCUGAUUACAAAGAUAAAAACAAAAAACGCCAGGCUUGGGUUGAAGUAUCAAAGAUUUUGUUUGAAGAUUAUGACAACCAGUCUCAAGACCAACAAAAAUUAAUUGUACAAGACGUGGCAUCAAAAUGGAGAACAGUACGAGACAACUACGUUAGAAACAUAAAAAAACAAUCCAUAAAAUCAGGUUCCAAAGCCAAGAAAGUGAAAACAUACAUAUACCGCAAGCAAUUAUCCUUUCUAAAGAAAUCUUUUGAACCAAGACCUACAUGUAGUAUCAUGGACACUCAACCGGACUCACCCGAAAACGAAUGUGAUGGAGAUAAUCGUGAAACUGAAGAAGACUGCCAUAUUCCUACUGCCAAUGAAACAAUGGUUCCUCCUCAACAGCUCCCAUCUUCGCGUAAAAGAAAGUUAAUGGAUGUUGAAUGUAGUUUCAUUACAAUCAGGGAAAGUCACAGCACGAAAAAGGCAACGCCACAAGAAGAUGAAGAUUUAGCUUUUUUCUACUCUGUUUUGCCCACUGUUAAAACACUGAUGCCAAAUGAGAAAUUCACAUUCAGGAUGGAAAGUAUGAAACUUCUACAAAACCUAAAACAAGCCAAAUCAUUUCCUCUGACCCUUCCUCCCUACCAAGGCGACCACCAUCGAAUACAUCGGCUGCUUCAUUAUUUUCAAACUUUUCACCGGACACGGAGGCUUCAAGUUCAGACAAAGAGACGGAAUUCAUGUUCUGUGCGAAGAAGCGUACUGCAGUGUGGAGAUGUGUCAAACACUGAACAAUUCUGAAUAGCCCGAACUGGUUCAAACGCAACCUACAUGACCUACAUUAUACGAAUAUAUGAGAAGCUUAUCCAAGCAACCGUAGCUGAAUGUUGUGGCAGAGUUCCAAUAACGUUCCCUGGUUAAGAGCGGAGUGUCAAUAUGUGGACCUACUGCGAGACAGCAAUGAAUUGAGCAAAAUUUGUAAAUUAUGGAAAAAUAAGAAACUAUUAUUUAUAGAGAAAGAAUACUGUGGAAAAUAUAACAGUUGUGAUGUUAUAAAAUUUGUUUCGAAUAAGAAAAUUAUUCUCUGUACAUACAGAGCCCCAGCUGGCAAUUAUGACUAUUUUUUAGACAAACUGGA